CGAACGAGAAGGGGUUAUCCAGAGGGGCUGAAACGCGGACACGCGCCAGUUCGAGGCGAGACUUCGUCCACACAACUUCCACCCUUUGACCCGACCACAGGCGAGUGCGGUUCGCGCGUACACGCGUCUCGGGACGUUUCUUCGGAAUUUAAACUCCGCAUAUGUAAAACUACACCGGGCCGCCAUUUUUUUCCACCUCACCGGAAGCGUCCGCGUGGUUCAUGCAGACUCGACGAUGCCGGCGAAGACGCACUCCUUCCGGUUGCUUCUCUUCGUGCUGUUGAAAGUUUGCGAGGGGAUCCAAAAAUUCGAGGAGACCCCACAGUACACGGAGGUCAACCCCGGCCAAGACGCGAAGCUCAUCUGCCGCGUCCUGGACAAACGGGGACAGUGCAUCUGGCAAAAGGAUCAGAAGCCGAUCGGUAUGCACCUGAAGAAGUACGAGUGGGUGGGCUCGCCAGACCUGGGGGACUGUUCGCUCUGGGUGAGGUCGGCCACCCUGGAGUUCGACGACGGAUCCUGGCAGUGUCAGGUCACUGCCAGCGACUUCACUGCCCAGGACGCCCUCGCCUCCCCACCUUCUCGACUGGUCGUCAGAGUAAGCCCUCAGCGGCCGCAGAUUGAGUACGCGGGCGCUUUAAUUCUGCCCGGCAGCAACGUGACAGCCCGAGCAGGUGAGAUCGCUAUGCUCACUUGCACGGCCCGCUACGGAAAUCCUCCGCCCCUAAUUAAAUGGUAUUUGGGGGAAACGGAGCUGAGAACGCUGAGGCCUCAGGUAAACUCCACGGAGAUAGAUAAUCCCCGCACUUGGUCCACGUACAGUGUUUGCCAGAUUCUGGCCGAGCGAUCACGCUACGGGCUGCCGAUCCGAUGUGUGGCCGUCCAUCCUGCGUAUACCAACCCGACCAUGUCCUCCAGCACUGAGGUGCGAUUCGACGUCCAAUAUGCACCGGAGACGAGGCUCGUAGGAGUGCCGUCUGGGCAGCUGGAAGAAGGACGAGACAAUCUGAAGAUCAAGUGCCUCGCGGAUGCGAAUCCUACGGCCACCGUUCUCUGGAAGCGAUCUAAGGGCACGGGGGAAACGGAAGGAAUCAGCCGCGACGAGAGCCUCGUCUUCUCGCCGAUCUACAGGAACCACGCCGGGACUUACAUCUGCGAGGCCGGGAACUCGCAGGGCGAGAGCAGCCCCGUCUCCGUGCAGAUUUCUGUUAACUACCCUCCAAAAAUCAUCGCCGUGGGGCCGGAUCGUCUGACCACUGCUUUACUGUAUUCCGGGACAUCCUUUGAGUGUCAUGCCGACGCCAUGCCCCCGGCCGAGUACAGGUGGGCCAGAAUCUUCCUUGAUGGUCGCCCACCGGUGGAGUGCGGUUCCGGUCACCGACUUAUCCUGACGAAUGUCACCUACGAACAACAGGGGCAGUACAUUUGCUUGGCAUCCAAUAAAAUUAAUGGAAAUAUUAGGGAAGUUAAGAGUGACUCUGUCUCCUUGCAAGUGGUUGGCGCUCCCAGAGUGGUGAAACCUGCGAGUACGGAGAGGUUUGUGGUGUCCACGACGGAAGGCAGCCCAGCUCGAUUAGAAAUCAGAUUGUGCUCCGAUCCGAAGCCUCACCUGGUCGCCUGGGAAUGGGGCACCACUAGGUUGCACGCAGGCGAGGUUUUGGAGUCUCGUUACAGGGCCUUGGAUUUGGAACCCCUGGACUCCGAGGACUGCUACGUGGCUAUCCUGGAACUGACGACCACGGUUAAAGAAGACCAAAGAUUAUACAACGUCAUCGUGGAGAACGAUCGAGGAAGCGAUCGCAGAGCUCUGAUGCUGAGAGUCAACGAGCCGGGCCAGAUUCCUUUAGUGAUAGGAGCAGUUGCCGGCUUCACCGUGCUCACGAUCCUCGUAAUGGGAUUUAUUUGUUUCCUGCGAUCGGACCGGUGUUGCGUGACCAGAAACGCGGUGCCCACCUUGCAACAAGUGCACUGCACGAAGGCAUCGAACACCAUGAUAGAGGACUCGCGGCUGACCGUGGACACCAUGGAGCGAACGACACAGCAAUACGUCCACGAAAAGAGGCAGCCGAAUCAUGUACUGAAGCCUGUACCUUCCCAGCAAUAUCAGCAGGAGUGCUAUCAACACGAGCCGCAGCAUCAGUCGCAUUAUCAGACACAUCACCAUCCGGGACAGCCCCAUGGGCCGCAAUACAGGCUCCAGGGGGAGCCGCUGUUUCUGAAACCUGACCGUUUAGCGACGUUGAAGCCCUAUUGCAAGAUCGACAAGCCACCGCAAUACACGACGUUCAAGCCGAAUUCGCGCAACUGA